AUGUGUGGAAACUACUACGGUAACUCCUGUGGCUCUGGCUGUGGAUACGGCUAUGGCUGUGGAUUUGGCCCCUAUUAUGGCCGUGGCUAUGGAUCCGGAUAUGGCUGUGGCUAUGGAUCCGGAUAUGGCUGUGGCUAUGGAUCCGGAUAUGGCUGUGGUUAUGGAUCCGGAUAUGGCUGUGGUUAUGGAUCCGGAUAUGGCUGUGGUUAUGGAUCUGGAUAUGGCUGUGGAUAUGGCUCUGGCUGUGGCUAUUGGGGCUACCGGCCACUGUGCUAUAGAAGAUGUUACUCUUCUUGCUGCUAG